UGUGUUCAGAGAUUAACCUGGGUUACUGCAACGACCUGGACUACUCCAGGACCAUCUUCCCUAACAUCCUAGGUCAGCAGUCUCGUCAUGAGGUGGAGUCUGGAGCUGAGUACCUCCUCCUCUCUGUGAUCCACGGUCUCCUCAACGGGGAGUGUUCCCCAGACAUCCGUCUGUUGGGGUGCUCCGUCCUCGCCCCGCCCUGCCAAGACCUACCCAGGCCCGCACCAGUCAAGUCGUGCCGCAGUGCAUGUGAGGCGGUGAGGAAGGGGUGUGGCCACGCGUUCGAGGGCAUCGACAUGGCGUGGCCUUACUUCCUAGACUGUGACCGAUUCUUCGCCAGCGAACAGGAAGGCUGUCACGACCCGUUGGCCCCGUUAAGAGCCAGACAGGAAGUGGCUUUCUCCAACCUGUCUCCAGACGAACCCUCCACCAUCAUUCAGUUCACGUACCACUCCAACGCCCAGAUGUACAACGUUCUGAAGAGGACUGCUGCCAAGUGCUCUCACAUCUCCCGCACCUACAGUAUCGGACGCAGCACAGAGGGGAAAGACCUCCUGGCCAUAGAGUUCACAGACAACCCCGGAGGGCACGAACUAUUGGAACCGGAGAUCAAGUUGGUUGGCAACAUGCAUGGCAACGAGGUCCUGGGUCGUCAGUUGCUGCUCUACCUGGCCCAGUACCUGUGUUCCGAGUAUCUCCUUGGCAACCAGCGUAUCCAGACGCUCGUAAACACCACACGCAUCCACAUCCUGGCGUCCAUGAACCCCGACGGUUACGAGCUGGCGGCCGCCGAGGGUCACGAGCUCAACGGUUGGACGGUGGGUCGCACCAACGCUCAGAACCUAGACUUGAACCGGAACUUUCCUGACCUUACGUCUAUUCUCUACCGGAAUCGCAGGAUCAAACGGUUCCGCACCGACCACAUCCCCAUCCCAGACUCUUACUGGUUUGGUAAGGUAGCUUCAGAGACCUAUGCAGUGAUGAAGUGGAUCAGGUCUGUGCCAUUUGUCCAGUCUGCUAGCCUCCAUGGUGGAGAGCUGGUGAUCUCUUAUCCCUUUGACUUCUCCAGACACCUCCAUGAAGAGAGGAUGUUCUCCCCUACACCUGAUGAACAGGCGUUUAAGCAGCUGGCCCGGACGUACGCAGACUCUCACGCCAGCAUGGCCGACAACAACACAGAGAGGUGUGGAGCGUCCUUCAUCAGGAGCGGAGGCAUCAUCAACGGAGCUCUGUGGUACAGCUUCCCAGGGGGUAUGUCAGACUUUAACUACCUCCACACUAACUGUCUGGAGAUUACGGUGGAGCUGGGCUGUGACAAGUUCCCUUCUGAAGAGGAGCUCUACCCAGAGUGGCUCAGGAACAAGGAGGCCCUGCUCAGUUUCAUGGAGUCGGUCCACAGAGGUAUUAAGGGAGUGGUGAAGGAUGAGGAGGGCUAUGGAAUUAAAGGAGCGUCCAUAUCUGUCAGGGGAAUACGUAAAGAUGUCACCACAGCGGAGGAUGGUGAUUACUGGAGGUUAAUGAACUCAGGAACACACAUCAUAACAGCAUCAGCUAAAGGUUACUCCAAGGUCAGCAAGAGAAUUUACCUGCCUGCUCACAUGGAAAAAGCUGGGCGGGUCAACUUCGUGCUCAAAAAGGUCCCUGUACAGCCAGUAGGACCAGACUACCACCUGUUCCUCAGCUCCUCCCUGGACACUUACGACCGCUUCGACCCUUACAACCACUUCCAGAGCUACGGCCGCUCCGAGCCGGGAGAACCCAGAGAACCCAGGGAACCGGGGAUGGGAGGAGAACCGGGGAUGGGAGGAGAGCGGCAGGAGAAGCCAUGGUGGUGGAACUACUUUACUCAGGCAGGGGUCUCUGCUCCCACCUGGCUGCUACGGAACUUCUAGAAGACUGGACAGAAUAAAGACUGAAACGGCACACUAUUCCCUUAUUUGGUGCACUACAUUUGACCAAAGCCCAUAGUGCAGGGGGCCUUCUUUGUAGUCUGCAUCCCA